AUGCGAAACUGGAUUUCCAAUUCGCCGAGCGUAGUGGAGGCGAUGAAGGAAGAGAAGACCGUCGAGAAGAGCUUGAACCUCGCAGUAGAGCUGGGAACAGAGAAGGUUCUGGGCAUGUGGUGGUGCACGCUUACCGAUACGUUCACCUACAAGCUCUCGUCAAAGCACGAUCGGGAUCUACUCGAGCGCCAACGGAAACCGACGAAACGGAAAGUUCUACGGACGCUAAUGGCUGUUUUCGAUCCUCUUGGGUUCAAAUCGAACGUCCUCAUCUACCUCAAGGUUUUGUUUCAAGAGAUUUGGCGAGCUGGCAUCGGUUGGGACGACGUGAUACCAGAAAGUCUCAGCGAAAAGUGGGAGAAAUGGUUGGAGAUCCUACCAAAAGUCCAGGAUGUCAGCAUACCACGCUGCUAUCGCUCCCUGACGCAACUAGAUCCGCAAACAAACAUCCAAUUGCACACUUUCGUAGACGCUAGUCUCUCAGUUUACGCAGCUGUCGUAUAUCUACGCUUCGAGCAAGGAAACACAGUGGAAUGUGCUAUAGUCGAUGCUAAGACCCGUGUAGCUCCCCUCAAAUUUGUAUCUAUUCCGAGGUUGGAGUUACAGGCUGCAGUCAUUGGAGUCAGGUUGGCAGAUAGAAUAAUGCAGUCGCUGUCGUUCAAGGUUCAUCAGCGGUUCUUCUGGAUUGACUCUCGCGACGUGUUGUGUUGGAUUCGGUCAGAUCAUCGGCGGUAUUCGCAAUUCGUUGCAUUCCGCAUCAACGAAAUUCUGGAAACAACAGAGGCAGCAGAUUGGGGACACAAGCGGUCGAAAGAAAAUGUCGCGGAUGACGCUACGAAAUGGCAGAGAGUGCCAGACUUAACCGAGAACACCAACCCGUAUCUAGAGGAAACUACCGACGAAGAACUACGAGCGAAUCUCUUCUUCCACCAGGCAGAACCUGCUCCAGUGAUAAACGUUCAAGAUUAUUCAUCAUGGAAGCGCUUGUUGCGCGCAACCGCUACGGCAUUGAGGGCCGCAAACAACAUUCAGCGUAAUGCGGAUAGCAAGGAACACAUUACUGGACCAUUGUCCGCUGAGGAACUUCAAGAAGCCACUGUCUACCUGUAUCGACUGGCUCAAGCGGAGACCUUUCCGGAUGAGAUAGGAGUGCUCAGCGCAGGACGCAGAAAGAAGGCAUUGCCAAAAUCAAGUACAAUCUACACAUUCAACCCAUUCCUGGAUGAGCAGAAGGUACUACGGAUGCAUGGCAGAAUCAAUGCUUGCGAAUACGCUUCGAUGGAUGCAAAAAAUCCUAUUAUCCUUCCAAAAGAUCACCACGUUACGUGGCUGAUUGUUCAGGAUCGUCACGAACGCUAUUACCAUCAAAAUCACUCAACUGUCGCGACUGUUCCAGCGGGUCAGAACGAAUUGUCAGGAGUGCAAAAUCAAAAGAGCUGCUCCACGUCCGCCUCCGAUGGGCGAUCUUCCUGCGGCAAGGCUGGCGGCUUUCACUAG